AGGCUCAAGCUUUUGCCUGCUGUUUGGGCUGAGGGUGCAGCUGCAGGCCGUUCAUCACCUCCGCAGUGCUGCGGAGGUUUUGCACAGAUUGCGCCUCGACACGCGAGGGUAAGAGGCCAUGGCGGCCCAGCUGAAGGAAAUUGUGGAUCGUCUCAAUGCCGAACCAUUCAAUUGCGACUUGUCAUUGGUGGGCUUCGAUGAGAAGGACCCGUUCGAGUUGAUGGAAAUCCUCAAGAAGGUCUUGACAUUCCUGGACCCAAAGCACGAUGUUGAUUUGCGAGAGGAGAAGCCUGAUGCAAUGUACCAAAGAAUCGCAGAGUUUUUGCAAAUUCUGGGGUAUCAGUGCUCGUUUGACCGUGAGUUCCAAGAGGGCCUCAUGGCAGGUGAUAAAAACACAAUUCAUCCAAUCCUCUACUGGCUCCUGAACCACUUGGAGCUGCUGCGAAAGCGUGCAUACCUGGCCAAGUUCUGCAUGAAUUUGGAGGUUCCCGAGGAGUUCCUGCGGGAGGAGCAGGUGUUUUCUACGCACCAGCACUACAAGGAAUUGCAGUCUCAGUUCAAAGCGACGCAUUCCCACGUGGAGCAGGAGCGGCAAGGACGGAUGAAUCCAGCAGAUCUGCAACGAGAGGUGCAGCAGCUGGAUGCUGAGCGAGAGCAACUGGCACAGAAGAUCCAGCUUCUUAAGGCAAAGACCGAGAGGGACGAGGGCUUCGCCCAGCUGCUCCAGGUCACAUCCAUGCUGAGGAAGGAGCAGGAGGAGGAGGCACGCCUGGCUGAGAAGCUGGCGGAGCAGAAGUAUCAGCUUGAGCAGACGGAGCAACUGUACAUAGAAAGAUCUGCAAGGCUUCGAGAGAUGCGCGAGGCGCAGAUGAAUGAAGGCGAAGGCAGCGCGGAAGCCAUGCUGAAGAUGCUGAGCACAGAGGUCAUCAAAGGUCGGGAAGCUCUGCAACGCGUCCGUAGGGAGGCAGAGGACAAGAUGGACCGCCUGAGAGAGAUGGACAGCGCGCUCAGCGAGCCGCCGGUGACCAAGAUGGACAUCGACAGCCUUGAGAACGAGAUCCAAGCGAUGCAGAACGAAAUGCAAUCCUUGGACGAGAAGCUGAACGAGCAGAAUCAGGAUUCGCGACUAGCAGUGUACAAGCAGCAGGCCAACCUGGUUGCCAAAAAGAAGGAAGCCGUUCUGAAGGACAAGAAGACAAUUGAAGACGAGCGUGACAUCCUGAGCAAAGAGCUUUCUAUUAAGGAGCGUGAAUACGAGGAGAUGAAAGGUCACAAGUACAUGAAGCGCGACGACUUCAAAAACUAUGCAGCAGCGCUGCGUGACAAGUCUGCAAAGUUUAAGCGCCUGAAGGCGGAGCUGGCGGAGCUGAGACAAGAGUUAGCGGAGCUUGAGAAAACGGAGCAGAGUCUGAAGGAGAAAGAUCCCACACCACUCGGGCUUGUAGAGACAGAGCAGAUGCUUGAAAAGGCAUCUGUGGAGAAGUCCCAGGUGGAUAGAGCAAAGGGCAAGACCCUAGACGAGAUCUCGGCAAUUGUCCAGAAGAUCAACACACAGCUUAAGGAGAAGAAAAAUAAGCUGGCGCCACAAAUCAAGGCGCUGCGAUCCAUUCGUCAGAAUUUUCAGCAAGUGGAGGUGAAGUACCUUGAGAAGAAGGGCCAAUAUGACCAGGCGAAAACAUUUGUGGAUGCAGAGCUAUCAAAAGUCUCUACGGAUGUCAAGCAGCUGGAGCAAGAUGUGCAGGAUUCGGAACAGAACUACUUUGAGCUCAACAUGCAGCUCAUCACUGCUGAAAGCAAGCUUCAGCGAGCAAACUUCGAGACUCGUUGCCUCCGAAAAGAAGAAGGCGCACGCCACUCAGAGGAGUUUGCGACCUUAUCUGAUCAGUAUGCUGCCGAGAUCAGCAAGCUCGAUGAGCAGUGCCGGGAGCUGCGAAAAGAUCAGAAAGUGGUGAAGGAGUCGCACGAGGACAACCUGAAGCAGAAGCGGGCCUUUGUCCAGCUUGAGCAGCUGAUGCAGAUCAAGUUCAAGGUGGCGAAGCAGGAGCUGCAGAACUUGGCGGAGGGGAGGUAUGGAGGCAUCGGAGCCUCCAGAACGGUCAUGGAUGCCUCAACUGCUGGAGUGGAGCGGUUGGUCAUCGAGUGAGCUUCAGGUUGCUUUGUCUCACCCUUGUAGACAGGCAUGCCAGAGGCGACUUGAGAAUCAGAUACCACCUCCAGUUCCUCCGGCUGGAAUUCAGGAUGCAUGGUUUCACCAACUUAUUGCAUGCUUCACAAAGAACACAGCAC